AUGUCAGCCCGGAUAUCCCACCACAUGCAACAAAAAGCAACAUUCACACUCCUUGUGCUGCACAGAAGGCCAACAAAUCUCCAGGUGCUACAAAGAAAUGACAUCAUUUGCGAGAAAGAUUCCACAGUGCAAAUGGAUGACGACAUAACAAAGAAGCUCAGUAACAACGCUGAUCAGUUCACAUUUGGAAAGAAUACCCUGGUCCUUGCUUCAUUUAUAGACCCUCAUCAAGCAUGGCUGACAUUAAGUAUAUUCAAACAAAGUUUCCUUAAGCAGAUUCUUACUGAAGGUGGAAAAUAUGUUAUGACCAUAUUUGGAGUUUUAAGCUUUGCAGACCAAGGUAUAUAUGAUAUAGUAAACAAUCUUGGAUCCAUGGCUGCACGUUUUAUAUUCCAACCAAUAGAAGAAAGUGGUUACCUGUUUUUCUCACAGCUCUUAGUAAGAGGGGAACCAGUCAAUAAACAAAAACAGGAAUCGUGUCAGUUAGCUGUUGACGUAAUGUCAUGUUUGUUGAAGCUAGUGAUACUGAUUGGUGCUAUAAUACUGGUGUUUGGUAUACCGUAUUCCUAUCUGGCGUUAGAUCUAUAUGGUGGUACCAUGCUCUCAUCUGGGUCAGGACCGAUGUUACUACGCUGGUACUGCCUCUAUGUUCUAGUUAUAGCUGUAAAUGGAACAACAGAAUGUUUUGUGUUUGCGACAAUGAGUAAAUCUCAAGUUGAUAGGUAUAAUCAAAAGAUGGUGGCAUUUUCUGUGUUGUUUCUAGUCUCCUCCCUAGUCCUCACAUCAUACCUGGGAAGUGUUGGUUUUAUUUUAGCUAACUGCCUUAAUAUGACUGCUAGAAUUUUACACAGUAUCUAUUAUAUUGGAGAGUAUUACAAGAAUAGUGAAUAUAAACCAUUAAGUAAUGUAUGUCCAUCUCCCUAUGUGAUUGCUGGUCUUUUAUUAUCACUGUGUCUAACAGGCAUGUCUGAGAGAUAUUUUUGCUGUGAUAAAGGUGCGGUGUACAGAUUACUACAUAUAUGUAUAGGAGGGCUGGCGUUAUGUUCAACCCUUGCUGUGAUCUACUGGAAAGAAACUCAUGUUGUCACGUUUGUAAAAGAACAGUACAAGAACAGACAUAAACAUUGAUGAUAAACAUUGACAGAAAUAUUAUUAGGGAUCAAUUAGUGAAUUUUACAUUGUUUUUUUAUAUAUUAUAUUUACAUACCUUCGUGAAGGCAUGCU